CGGUGGUUGACGUGCGCCCGCGCGUUCGAUGGGGGAUCGCGGGUUUCACCGUCGCGAUACGGGGUGGGAUAACAGAGACAGUCGAGGAGCAGGCCCGCCGGAUGCGCGGGGGAGUUGGGAAGGACGCGGUAGCGACCGCCAGCGUCACCAGCACUAUCAACAUGAUGGCCGUCGAGGGAACUCAAGGGAUCGUGAUGUUGGGUUCGAUCGCGGGGGUCGCGAAGACUACGGCGGCCAUAGAAUGGCGUCGCGGGAUCGAGGUGGUGGUCGGGACGAUUACAUCGACCGCCGCGGCGCACGGGAACCGGAGAGACUGCUGCCGGAGAGGUCAUGGAGAGACGAGCAGAUGCAAUUGAACGAUCGAAGGAAUUACGACAGAAGAGAAAGCGUCCCCGCUGCAGGAAGGCAGCAGCAGCAGCAAGCGAACCGAGAAAUCGAAAUCAGUCGGAGGGUGGAUGAAAGACGCAGUCCGUCCUAUAGCGAAAGCGACAGCAGCGAGACGGAAUACACUCGCAAGCCACGUAAGUGGGAAGUCACGCUGACGCCAGAGCAACAACUCGAAGCUCUCGACUUGUGGUUGAAGGCGAACCCUGAAGUCGCGAAAGACGUCGAGAUGCUGGAUAACAGAUCCAAGGGAAUAAACAACAAGCCACCGCCUUUCUUCCAGGAAGGUGACUGGCUUUGCGCUACGUGCAACGAACACAACUGGAAAAAUCGCAUGGAUUGCCGGGGCUGUGGAGCACCGGCGUCCGCGGAGAAGAUCACCGAGUUGCAAGCGCAAAAAGCGCGGGUCGCGGUCGCGCAAGCGGCGAAGCCGCAGGCUCCCAACGCGAAACCGGGAGACUGGAUGUGCGUCGGAUGCACUUCUACGAACUACGCCUCCAAGAAGAAUUGUUUCCGGUGCAACACGUCAAAGCCGAACGAGUGGGUGUGUGCGGUGUGUAAUAGCAUAAGCACCGGAGUGGAAAAUACCACCUGUGGCGUGUGCGUCAGUCAGGGCGUGCCUUAGGACCCCGCUGGCGUCGCUUGCGCGUGCAUGAGAAGGCAAGUGUUGUUCGCGAACGCAUAGUGUGUCUCUCUGAAGUAAAUGCGAUUCAACCGAGCUACAUCUAUG